CUUUAAUUUUUUCGAACUCUCGAUAACAACUGGAAAAUCUGGUGACGAAUUAUGAAUGCAUUGAACUGGAUAUUAAUCCGAAUCUAGUGAAAGAAAAUCCAUCUCAUGCCACAACGAUAACCACCUCUCGCAACCCAAACCUCACCUCACCAGGAAAAUGACCACCACAACACCCUCCAAACCACCCUCGCCCUCCACAUCCAUGAACCAACCCGACCUAAUUCACUAUGUCUCCUGGGGCGCCCUAAUAGUUUGCCCCAUCGUCGCCCUCCUCCCACCCCGAAAACUAGACUUCUAUACCGUCGGGCUCCUCGGCGGCACCUUUUUAGGUGGGAACCAGAUCAGCAGGGAAUACACAGGCAUCAGCAUGGUGCAGCGCAUCGUGCAUCGGGCAAAUAGUUGGACGGAUGCGCGGUUACCGCCUAAGGCGAUGGAAGCGCAGAGGAGGCUGAAGGAAGAGAAGGAGGCUAGGAUGGCGGGGGUGGAACUGGGGAGGAGGAAAGAGAUGGGUGUGCUAGCGGAAGUGCAGAGGGAGAAGGAGAGGGUUGAUAGGGGGUUGUUGGAGAAGGUUUGGAUGGGGAGUGAGGGGGAGGAUUGGAAAGCGAAGAGGGAUCAGAGGGAGAAGGAGGCGUUGGAUGAGGGGAGGGGUUAUGGCGGGUUGAUUAUGGAUCAGAUUUGGGAAGUGUGGAAUUGGGGAAAGGAUAAGAAUGAGGAGGCUAAAGAGGUUGACGAGAAAGUUGUUGCGGAAAAGAAAUCAUGGGGAAGCGAGGAGAAAAAGCGGUAGUGCUGGAGGAAGUGUUGGAUACCUUUUUCUGGGUAUACCACGACCUAUUGUGCGGUCGAGCUGUGCUGCAGAUGCCAGCCUUGUCAUAAUUGGCAAAGGUGGAUUACAAGCAUCGCUGCAUGCCUCUAGGACUAGGAGGCCAAUAUUUGUACAUAUAUUUUACUGUAAUAUAUCUACGCGUUAAUUAGCUAGGGAUAGCUGGCGGAAAGAAGAGGCACAAUCUCCUUUC